CAUUCUAAAAAGACAUCCCCAUUCAUUCAUUGGAUUAUAGUUAAACUAAAAGGGAUGUCUCCUCCAGACCGAGAGAGGGUGUGCACGAGUGGAUUUCAGGUCCGUCCCACUGCAAUAACCUCCCUCUUUGACCAGAGCGAGGUGUAGCAGCGAGCAGCCAGAUGUCUGGAUGUGACUACCAGCAGAGGCAUUUUUUAGAGCUGGUGACCACGCAGGUGGAAAGAACGCUCGAAAUAAACAAUAAAUACAGUGGAGACCGGGGGGCUGUGGAUGCAGAUAACGGCACGACGCGACACCCAUCAGUGUGAUUUACAGUCCAGUCUGCAUUGGUGGUGUUGAUGGCUGAUUAAUAACCAGUCGUAAAGAAGUGGGGGGGGAUUGUGUGUUGCAGGAGGACAAGAGUGAAGGCACUGAUAGAGGAAGGAAGAGAGAGGAGGAGUGUGUUGAAGAGAGAGAGAGAGGAGUAGAUAAAGCUAGAGCCAGGAUCAUGAGCUCUGCACUGCCUUACGACUCACUGUCUGCUCGGCCGAGUCCCAGCAGACAAGUUUUGGACUGGGAGCGCCAGCAGCUGGCUGUGCGAAGACUUUCCUCUCCACGGGGUUUCGACCUGCUCUCUCCACCUCCUCUUCCUAGUCGACCCUCUGCAAUACCUGGCUACCUGCUGCCACCCUACCAAGAGCAGGAAGAGCAGCUCCACCAGCAGCAGCAGCGACUAUCCUUGUCCGUAGGUUCAGAGGCCUCCCUGGCACCCCCUGCACUGCCACCUGUGGGCGCUGCCCCACCCUGCUGCCGCCCAGUUGGAGUCAUGCACCUGCUGCGCCUGGGUCUCCUGGCCUUCAGCUGCCUCUUCUGGGCAGCAGGUUUAGCCAUCUUAAGCCUGGGCGUUUGGGCACAGAUUUCACUGGCAGACUACAUGUUGCUGUCUGCCAAUCGCUACCCCAACGCCCCGCUCAUCCUUCUAACCACAGGUGCAGCCAUCACAGCUUGGGGCUUCUUGGGUUGUCUAGGGGUGGCUGCAAAUCUCCCCUGCGUACUCAGGGCUUAUGGGUUUUUUCAACUUGCUGCACUAAUAGCCGGUUUGGCAGCUGGACUCUCAGGUCUCUUCUAUCGCGAAGAUAUUGCCGGAGGAUUUCGCAGCGGUUUACAGCGAGCGGUGGCCGGCUACACGGAGGAUGAGGGCCGUGCCGAUGCAUUAGACAGCCUGCAGAGGUCCCUGGAGUGUUGUGGAGCUGAUGGUUGGCAUGACUGGCUCACUUCGGACUGGGCUAUCCAGCAUAUGACCUUCCUGCCCAACGAGAAUGGCACUUCCGUGUCCCUGCCGGACAGCUGCUGUGUGAGGCGCAAGGGCUGCAAGAAUCGACCUCUUCUGUCGGAUGAUGUUGAAGGAGUAGCUGCUGCAGGAAUCCAUCCCCAUGGCUGCUUCCGCAAAGUGUUUAGUUUGGUCAAUGACAACGUAUUCCACAUUGCUGCCACGGUAUUAGGAUUGGCCUUCACUCAAAUCGGAGGCAUUGCCCUGGCUUGUCUGCUGGCCAACAAACUAGCACCAAGACAACAUCGACGUGUAGUGGCACAUUAAUGGUUAAAGUUUAAAAAUUAGUCAACCCAUGUUGAGGAAUGACCAAUUAGUAGCUAAUUAGGAUUGGGAUUGAACUACGCCCUUAAAGAGUAAUAUAGUUCUAAAGAGGGGAGAGUUAUUUUGAGCAUCCAGAUUUAUGGGAUUACAAAGUCUUGUUUUCUUUUUUUGCAUGGACAAUGUCAGGUGCAUUUGAAGUUCUCCAUGGCUUGGAUGGGCAUUUAAAACUUUCCCCACACAAAAUCAGCCACUGCUUUAUGAAAUUCAUGGUUCUUCGACAAAAACAGUAAACCGUACAAGCCUGCAUACACUUAAACAUAAAUAGGGGAAUCUACUGCAAGUCUUGUGAGCAUUUUGUCAACUUUUUGCGAGCAUUGCUGCAGCACGCUGAAGCUAAGGCUGACAUUUUGUAAAAAUCUGAAUCUGCAGUUGAACUCAGAUUACUUUCAGUUUGGGGUUCAAUUUGGAUGAAUUGAGCAACUACAGCAAGGUGAAGAAAGCACAAUUUCUCAAAAUCUAGUCAUCAAAUAAUUAAAACUGAGGAUCAUAACAUAAACCUAUGGUAUUGUUAAAUUAUCUAAAAUACUCCUUUGUUUCUGUAUUAAAGAACAUUAACAUUAAGAAAAUUUGGGAAUUUAGUGGUAAAAAGAAAAUACUUCAGGAACCAGCAUCUCUUCAAACUUUGCAACUCUUUGUAUGACUGUCUACUGCACAAUAAAAAAUACUUCUUUCAGUGUGGAAGGGACAAAUGGGUAGGGUGAGGGGUGUGUUCAUUUGACACCUGCAAAGGAGAAGUCUGACAUCACAAAUUAGGAUGGAACCGUAAAUCUCAAAAACUAGAUGGCAGUACAAGGAGACUCUGUAUUCUGAUUUUGUUUCAGAAAUGUUUAAAUGUUGGCAUGGAUAAAUAUGCUUCAUUAUAUAAAAUGUAAAAACAAGUAUAAUUUAGGGUUAAACUACCCUCAGUUUGGUAUAUAAUGGGAUUUAGCACACCUCAACGCUGAAUGCGCAGGAAUGUUCACCAGCCGUUUUCCACUUCAGAUGAUUUAGUCUAGCUGUGUUCAACAGAUGUUCAUAUCUGCAUCGUUUAGUUUUCCAAUCACAAAGACUACACUGUGCUCGAAUGGUGCUUUUGAAAAGAGCAUAAUAAUCUAUUGCUGUCUCUGGUAUUUUGUGCUGUUUAUAGUCGUCAUUUCCACUGUGUUGAGGUGCUUUGGUAACUUUGACUGCUUCACAUAGUUUCUUCCAAAUGCCUCUGUGUUGCUAGUUCGUUUGGUAGCACAAACUUGUUUUAAGUCACUGAAUAAUUGUAAAUAGCAUUUUUUACUACAUUGGCAUGACCCAGAUGUGCAUCCCCAUUCUAGCAUGAAACUUGCUCUUCUUCAACAUCAAACUAAUGUUGACAUAAAAAAGUAGCUCAAAAUGUUCAGAAAUAUCUUUGUUUGCUUUUUUGCACAGUAGUAAGAUGACU